CUGGGGGACCCCGGGACCCCGCCCGAGUGCAGGGGGUGGGGGUGGGGGCGGCGGCGGGCGGCGGGAGGCGGGCCUGGGCGGUCUCCUCCCUCCGGGAUCCGGGCAGAAGCGGACACCUCGGGGCUGGGCUGGGGCGCUGCCGCCUCUCCCCCGCCGCGGGUCCCGAUGGCAGCCGAGCCGCUGACUGAGCUGGAGGCGGCCAUCGAGACAGUGGUCACCACCUUCUUCACCUUUGCAGGGCAGGAGGGCCGCAAGGGCAGCCUCAGCAUCAAUGAGUUUAAGGAACUGGUCACUCAGCAGCUGCCUCACUUGCUCAAGGAUGUGGACUCCUUAGAUGAGAAGAUGGAGAGCUUGGAUGUGAAUCAGGACUCCGAGCUCAAGUUCCACGAGUACUGGAGACUGAUAGGGGAGCUGGCCAAGGAGAUCCGGAAGGAGAAGGCCCUGGAGAUCCGGAAGAAGUAAAGCCCCUGGCCAGGAGAGGGCCAGGCUGGCCAGGCCACUGCCCACUGCCCCCAAUAUAGCCUCCUCCUUGAAACACAAAUGUUCCUUGUUCCCACCCUACCCUGUUUUCUUCUCUUGAGAGGGGGUGGUCUGAGAGUGGGUCCAAAAAUUUUGAGCUCUUUGUAGACCAGGGAUGUUACUCAUCUUUGAAUAUCAUUCUGCAGCAUCGAGCACUGUACCGGGGAGGUGCUCAAUAAAUUAAUGGUUGAGGAGGGGCUCCUGGGCGGCUCUGUCAGUCGAGCGUCUGACUCUUGACUUCGGCUCAGGUCAUGAUCCCAUUGUUUGCGUAUUUGAGCCCUGCAUCAGGGUCUGUGCUGACAGUGUGAAGUCUGCUUGGGGUUCUCCUUCUCUCUCUCUCUCUCUCUCUCUCUCUCUCUCUC